AUGGAAUUUGAAGAUACUGUGCUUCAAUUAAGUGAAUCAAAUGAAUAAAAACUCUUAUCAAAGCUUGAUGAUGUUGAAUAAAAACUUAAUUAAGAUCCUAAUAGCUUGUAAUUUAUUUUAUUGAAAUGCUUUUUAUUGAUUGCUUUGGAUCAAGAAGAAGAUGCUGUAAAAAUAUUCUUGGAUUCUGGUUAUGAUUAUAGAUUAAAAGAAAUUGACGAAAUAUCAAUAAGCUGGGAUUAAAUGAUAGAAAAUAAUUAAUUGCAAGAAGCUUAUGAUACACUAAAUGACACUCUCAUAAAAUACCCAUUAAGUAUAAGCAUUUUAUCAAGAAUGAGAUCAGUAGUAGAGAAAAUGGAAAAUAAAGAUCUUAUAGAUAGAUGCAAGAUUAAAAUAGAAGCAGCAUUCUAUGCUUGGAAUCUUCUCUUUAUUUCAAUUGCAAAUUUUUUUUUAAGUCUAAAAGAAUACGAUAAUGCAAUUAAUACAUUAAAUAAUUUACUUGUUUUGUUUCCUGUAUCGGCUGCUGCUUACCAUUUAAGAGGCAUUUGCUAUUUAAAUAUUGAUAAAUAUGAAGAAGCUUAUCAAGACUUGUAAAAAGCGGUUGAGUACAAACCAGAAAAUAUUUAGUUCAACUUCAGUUUAGCAUAAUGCCAAUUUAAAUUUGAGAAAUUUGAAGAUUCAAUACAAACUUAUUAAAAAAUUAUAGAUUUAGAUAAAAAUAAAGUUGGUGCCUAUAUAAAAAUGGCUCAGGCUUUAGUUCGUCUUAAAAAAAUAGAUGAAUCCGUGAAGGUACUAAAUGAUGUAUUGAAAAUUGAUCCACAUCUAGAUUCUGCUUAUUACAAUUUAGCUUUAAUACUCAUUGAUAAUGAAAGAUAUUUAGAAGCUGGUUAGAUUCUAGUUAAAGCAACUUUAUUGAUACCAUAAAAUGUUUCUUUUUAUGAACUGCUAUCAAGACUUUAUAAAAAAUAAGGUAUGGAAUAAUUAGCUGAUAAAUAUUUAGAUAUGGGGGCAGAUAAUUUAUUAGAAAAUCUCCUUCUUGGCUUAAUUCAUUGA